AUGAAAACUGCAAUCGUCGUCGGCGGAAAUCGUGGAAUCGGACUUGAAUGCGUCAAACUUUUAAUUGGAGAGAAAGAUGUUAAAAAAAUUGUGGCGACAGCGAGAAACCCGGAAGGAUUCCCGGAAAUAGAGAAUUGCGGAAAAUUGCAAGUCGAAAGGCUAGACAUAAGCAACGAAGAAAGUGUGCUGAAUUUUGCAGAGAAGAUGGGACCGUCUUCUUUUGAUAUUUUGGUUUUGAACGCAGGUGUUGCGCCAGAAAUAAAUGACAAAUCAUUUGAGAGUAUCAAAUUGACCAUCGAUGUCAAUUAUUUUGGAAUUUCUUCUGCUCUAAAAUCACUGUUUCCUCUUGCUCGCGAGGGAGCUCGAAUUGUCUGCCUUUCCAGCUUUUUCGGACUGCGAGGAAUGCUCAAUUUGAACCCGAAUCCGAACAUCUUUGAGGAGAAUUACGUCUUUGAUUAUGGGCAAAAGCUAUCUUCAAGUUCACUCGCGAAAACAACUUUCGACGAGUUAGAUACUAUUGCCAGAAGAUUCAUCGAAGAUCAGAAAAACCCAUCUCAGGCUCAAACUGAUGGUUGGCCAAGUCCAGAACAAACGUCGAUGAUCGGUUUUUUAAGAAAUACUUGUUGA